CUGAGGAUUGUGAUAAAAAGCCUGGCCAACGGUUGUCUGGCUCGCAGUUGAGGAUAAAGUGUGCCUAUCGUUUAACGUUCCGCGGGACAGUAUGAGUGAUUUUCGUAAGGCACUAUUGGCAAUCUACCUCGUUGGGUGUCUUGCAGGCACUUCCAAUGGGCAGUUAAUGUGCUUUCAUUGUGAUAAUUGCGAUGCAUCGCAAAUGGAGAUUGUGCAAUGUGGACCAAAUGGACCGAUGAUACCGUUUCCGGAUGGCGCUGCUCCAACCACAACGGAUCCUCCGUCGACGACUACGGUGGUGCCGGAAACUACGACCACAGUACCACCGUCAAUACCUACCGUUGAGCCAGAGACGACCACCUUAUGUCCAACAUCGACACCAACAACAACAACAACAGGAACUCCGGGGACCACAACAGUUGAGCCAGAUACAACUACCAUAACACCGCCAACUAUUCCAACGGUUGAGCCUGAUACAACUACCAUAACUCCUCCGACUAUUCCAACGGUUGAGCCUGAAACAACUACCAUAACUCCUCCGACUAUUCCAACGGUUGAGCCUGAUACAACUACCAUAACUCCUCCGACUAUUCCCACCGUUGAUCCGGACACGACCACGAUCAGUACUACACCUGGCACACCGAUCUUAACCCCUCCAACGCAUCCCACAUUUUCCCCCGUAUCAAGCACUCCCGGUUCUCCGAUUCUAACACCACCGACUCAUCCGACACCCAUCCCGGGUGGAGCACCGGUCCCGUUUGGAGUGGUGAUUCCGAUUCCACCCAACACCGCACAGUACGCCUGUCUGUCUGUGCAGCGAACCGAUGCGAACAACCGAUUAGUGACCAGUAAAGGGUGUGCCCAACUAUUGGCCAGUGUGCCUCAGACGUGCACGUACGCGACGAGCGGAGGGCACAGCAGCUGUUCGGUGUGCUUAGGAUCGCUGUGCAAUGCGUAUAACUAGCGGUGCGGAUUGUUUUUUUUUUUUUUUCUAUGUAAAGCACGUUACCUUUUAAGCAUACAUCAAGUUCGGUCGUUUGGUCUAAAUCUUGUUUUGAACAGUAAAAUCUCUGAAACCAUUUAUAACUAGUAAGCAAUAAACUUAUAGAUAAAUGAGCACAAUCGGGU